CUCCAGUGAGUGGUGACGACCCAAGAUGUUGUGGCGGUCCAUGCUGCGGACAACUCGCUGAUAAACUCGCCACGCAUGGAGUUGAGCUCAGAGCGUGUGCUGGCACCGCUAGAGAUGUCGCAGACGGUGAGCCAAGGCGGCCAGCCCAUUGACGGCGACUACGAGAGUUUGCCGCCUCAUGUCUCGGUGACGACGCACAUGACAGCGGGCGCAGUGGCUGGCGUGCUGGAGCACACGGUCAUGUACCCCGUGGACUCCGUCAAGACAAGGAUGCAGAGCCUGCAGCCCGAACCCAAUGCCCAGUAUCGAGGUGUGUACGAAGCCCUGAGAAGGAUCAUCCGCACAGAGGGCUUCCUCAGACCGCUAAGGGGCCUCAACAUCACCAUGAUGGGCGCCGGCCCUGCCCACGCGCUCUACUUCGCCUGCUACGAACGGGUCAAGCACUCCCUCAGCGGCGUCAUCAAAAGCGGAGGAAACAGCCACCUGGCUAACGGUGUGGCAGGCAGUGUGGCCACUGUCCUUCAUGAUGCCGUUAUGAACCCGGCUGAAGUGGUGAAGCAGAGGAUGCAAAUGUACAAGUCACCCUAUCGUGGACUUUGGGACUGCGUUUGCAAAGUGACACGCACGGAGGGCGCGGGCGCCUUCUACCGCAGCUACAGCACGCAGCUGACCAUGAACAUCCCCUUCCAGGCCGUUCAUUUCAUCACCUACGAGACCAUGCAGGAGUGGCUCAACCCCCACAGACACUACCACCCCGGCACGCACAUCGUGUCCGGGGCGGCGGCCGGCGCCAUCUCGGCCGCCAUCACCACGCCGCUUGACGUGUGCAAGACGCUGCUCAACACGCAGGAGAACGUUGCGCUCAGUUCCAUGAACAUCAGCGGCCAUUUGUCGGGAAUGGCCAACACUUUCAGGACAGUGUACAAGCUGGGCGGCGUGGCGGCGUUCUUCAAAGGGGUGCAGGCCCGAGUGAUAUACCAGAUGCCGUCCACGGCCAUUGCCUGGUCCGUGUACGAGUUCUUCAAGUACUUCCUGACCAAGCAGGAGGCGAGACCCGCUUCCAGGAACGGAAAGUGAACGUGGUCUCUCCGAGAUGUUUGAGGAAGUAGCCGAGCAGCGACACGCCUCCUUGUUCCCGCACUGACGUCUGCAUGUUUUUUUUUUUUCCGCGAUGACGUCACUCGAGGGCAAAAGAAUCGGGGACACAUUCAUACAGUCAUCGUUCAGCAUUCUUUCCUACACACGAGAGGGCCAUGUGUGUAUGGAAGAAAGAACGUUGUCUUGAAUGAUGUUUAGACAUCGGUAGUAUUUAUUUAUUUGUGUGGCUUAUAAUUUUAAGGGCUGCAGAAGGAAGCAGCGCAACGCUGCUUUGUUUGCUUUAAUGUGUCUAUUUAUAAGGAACGAGCGGACACGGAGAAAUGUAUCUUCACUCCAACUUCCAAGUGCCUCUUUUGCGCCAGUCUGUCAGCAUAUUUUUAUUUGCACCCCCAAAAAUCUUUGCUUUUUAUAUAUUUGGACAUUUUUUAUUAUUACGGAUGCUUAUUUGACUAGAUUUCAUUCACUGAGGAAAAUUAAUGUAUGAGACAUUGAUAGGUACCACUGUAUUUUAAAACAAUUUACAAAAUAAUCUCUCCCAAUGUUCUGAACUCCCGUUUCCAUGCCAACGCUGCACUGAGUCGAAAAUGCCAUCGUGGAUGAAGCUCAACUUCCCAUAGCUGACAUCAUGGGACUGGACUUCUUUUGAAAGCAAAUUUGUCUGACUGAAUCAACGGCGCUUGCUUCUGCUGGUUGCAGCCAAAUGCAGUGCUCCGUUCUACAAAUGGACGGGCAGAAGGACUUUCAUAACCCAUGACGUCGCUUUGCCACCCUUGUAUGCCAAUUCAUUGAUUGCUAUGUCAUCGCUGUUCAUUCUUGGAGUGUCUGUCUGCAUAAAGUUGUUCACUAAUGAUCCGCCUCUACUGGACCGCAUGGCGGCAGUACACCGCUGUUGAAUCACGCACACACACGAUACGGUCCGAUGUAAUUGACAUGGGGCAGCUAUUGGAGGUCCGACUCUUGUACAUAAAUAAAUGUUGCAGAUUUUUUUUUUUAAAUCAAAUACGAAAUACAUAUUUUACUCCGUUUAUUUUAUUUUUUGAAGACAUUUCCCUAUCUGAAGACAGAAAAGCCCCAUUGGAGUGUUUAUUUUGGUCAUUGUGUACUACCCACCAAAGACAUUGUAUGGUAUCGAAUGACAUUUUUCUAUGCAUCUGCUUUUUCAUUGUGCCCACUCCAUUAGUCCCACGUAGUCAGAGCCAGAGGCUUAUUUUUUGUUUACAGCCACAUUGUGGUGACCACUGUGUGUCUCUUCCUGCCUCAACAUUGUUUCAAAUGUGGAAGGUGGAUUUUUUUUUCUCCCCCAUAUUUACUAAUCUACCCACCGGUGCAGUGGCAGUUGAAGAACUGUUUCGUUAUUGUAGGUUUUCAAUAUGUUUGGGUGUUUACAUGUGGCAUUUUUUUCAUUCAUUCUUUUUAUAUACACUAUAUAAGCCAUAGUUGCACUUCCCAUGAGCUAAUGGGAAUUAUUUUUCUGAGCUUUAUCGAUUUGCGUUAUCUUUGUUUCAUGAGGUAAUCAUGUCUAAUCAAAGUGAAGAAAUAUGCUCACGUUGUCUUCGUCGGUCACGAAACUCUAAAUAAAACACCAGAGUGCAGAAUAGUGGCAUGUGAGUAUUUUUGGAUGUAAAUAUGUUACACUUUUUGCGCACAAAUAACUGAAAUGGCAGACCGAAUGUCAAUGUCAGACCAUGCAUAUAUGAAAUCAUUGUGACGAUGCUGCGACAGCAUGUAACACUGGAGCUGAAAUAAAUGAGUGAGAUAUGA